UAUGCACAUAGAAACCAUAUCCAAAAUUCCCAUUUUGUAUUCCCACUACAUUCAAUACAUUUUCCACAAAAAUACCACACACGUCAUAUAACACCCACAAAUUCCACUACCACAAAUGUUGCAAACCACAUGCAAUCUACAUGCAAAUUCCAAACCAACACCCUAUAAUAACAAAAUCACUAUCACACUAACUCUUUCAUCACACCGUUCUAAUUUCCAUAACCACACAUUAAAACCCACGCCACCGCUAACCGCCACACUCCGCCGAUCAAUGCCGACCGGCGACAUCCGCUACACAUCCCCACCCACGGCAACCAACAAUUACUCCCCCGUCCUCGGCUUCGAAGACGAAGGAUGGCUAUGGGCUCAAAUUAAAGCUGAGGCUCGCCGUGACGCCGAGUCGGAACCGGCGUUGGCCAGUUAUCUAUACUCCACGAUUCUCUCUCACUCGUCGCUUGAACGGUCGCUGUCGUUUCAUCUCGGGAAUAAGCUCUGUUCGUCCACGCUUCUUUCGACUCUUCUGUAUGAUUUGUUUCUCAAUGCUUUUGCUACUGACCCGUCUCUGAGUUUGGCCGCCGUUGCUGAUCUUCGUGCUUACCGGGAACGUGACCCUGCAUGCAUCUCUUACUCUCACUGUUUGCUCAAUUACAAGGGAUUCCUUGCUUGCCAGGCGCACCGUGUGUCUCACCUGUUGUGGAGGCAGGCUCGGCGGCCGUUAGCGCUGGCGCUACAUUCUCGAGUUGCCGAUGUAUUUGCGGUGGAUAUUCACCCGGCAGCGAGAAUUGGGAAAGGAGUUCUGUUUGACCAUGCCACAGGUGUGGUGGUGGGUGAGACUGCGGUGAUUGGAAAUAAUGUGUCGAUACUGCAUCAUGUGACAUUAGGUGGGACUGGAAAGGCUGGUGGGGAUAGGCAUCCCAAAAUUGGGGAUGGCGUGCUCAUUGGUGCUGGUGCUACUAUUUUGGGCAAUGUUAAGAUUGGGGAAGGUGCUAAGAUAGGUGCUGGGUCUGUUGUUUUGAUUGAUGUGCCGCCACGGACCACUGCUGUUGGGAACCCGGCGAGACUGGUUGGUGGUAAAGAGAAGCCAUCUAAGCUUGAAGAUGUGCCUGGGGAGUCCAUGGACCAUACUUCCUUUAUCUCUGAGUGGUCUGAUUAUAUCAUUUGAAUUUCCAAGGUGAAGUGCUUGAAAUCAAACACUUAACACUUGAUGUUGGAUUUGCAUGGCUUUAGAACUAAAUUUGCUUUUCCUAUCUCAUGUGUUUUGAUCUUGUAAUUGAACUGUUGUAUUGAGAUUUUGUAGUGACCAGUAGUCUAAUAGUCACGAAACUAUAAUAAAAAGUGACCCUGUGAAGUGUAAUAACAAGGCUAUAAUAAAAAUUUGUGUUACUGCUUAC